GGAGGAGCUGCCGCGCGCCCGCCACUGCCGCUCGGCUCCACACAGCCGGCGCAGCCCAGCCACGAGACUCUGACAGCCGAGCGGCCCGCGCAGCUCCGGCGCACAGGGACGGACGGCGGCGAAGGCGGACGCGAGGACAGCGGCCGGCGCCAAGUGCAGGAGGCGCGCGGGUCCGGCGGCGCGCAGAGGUCUCCUCUGAAGCAGCUGGGAACUCAGAAGGCCUCACUACCCCUGAGGAGUAGGCCAGCCAGGAGAGCAGUAAGGGAUGGCAUGAAGCCCACCAGGGCCUGAGGAGUGCACAAUCUGCAGCUCGUUGGACCCGGAGCCUCCAAGUCGGGAGACUGUACCAGCGGGGAGACUCAAGAAGAAUUGAUACCUCGGCCCCAAGUGACAUGUACACGGUGUAAUGACAGGAAAUGAGCAGGUUUGCCGGAAAACUGCUGGCCUGAAAUUUAAGAAGAAGGCAUCGUUGCUUACGUUGCGUGAGUCCGUAGCAGCCACCAUUCCCGUAGCAUACAGAGCGAUGGAGUUUCACAUGGCUGUCCGUCCCCACGUUCAGGAAUUGCACAUUCCCAAAGUGGAAUACAGUGAAAUCGUGCCUGCGAGAAGAUUCCACAGCCUUUUCUAAAAGGCAGAUGCCAGCUGCCCAAUGACAAGCCCAACUCCGAGGGCCUUUGGGGUCCCGGGAAGAGCCCAGUGGUUCACUGAGAAGCCCCAGCUUUUGAGCAGGGCUCUGAAUUCCAGGGCUCUGGCUGAGAACAUGGCCAAUGGCAUUGACGAGCUGAUCGGCAUUCCCUUCCCCAACCACAGCAGCGAGGUCCUGUGCAGCCUGAACGAGCAGCGGCAUGACGGGCUGCUCUGCGACGUGCUCCUGGUGGUGCAGGAGCAGGAGUACCGCACCCACCGCUCCGUCCUGGCCGCCUGCAGCAAGUACUUCAAGAAGCUCUUCACAGCCGGCACCUUAGCCAGCCAGCCCUACGUCUACGAGAUCGACUUUGUCCAGCCCGAGGCGCUGGCCGCCAUCCUGGAGUUCGCCUACACCUCCACGCUCACCAUCACGGCCUCCAACGUCAAGCACAUCCUCAACGCCGCCAGGAUGCUGGAGAUCCAGUGCAUCGUGAACGUGUGCCUGGAGAUCAUGGAGCCCGGGGGGAACGGGGGGGAGGAGGACGACAAAGAGGACGACGAUGAUGACGAAGAUGACGAUGAUGAGGAGGACGAAGAGGAGGAGGAGGAGGAAGAGGAGGAGGAGGAGGACGAUGACACGGAGGAUUUUGCUGAUCAAGAAAACUUGCCUGACCCCCAGGACAUCAACUGCCACCAAAGCCCUUCCAAGACGGACCACCUCUCGGAGAAGGCCUACUCAGACACACCCAGGGACUUCCCAGAUUCCUUCCGGGCCGGCAGCCCUGGCCACCUGGGCGUGAUCCGGGACUUCUCCAUUGAAUCUCUGCUGAGGGAGAACCUGUACCCCAAAGCCAACAUCCCUGACAGGAGACCCUCCUUAUCUCCAUUCGCCCCGGACUUCUUUCCACACCUCUGGUCAGGGGACUUCGGUGCCUUCGCCCAGCUGCCCGAGCAGCCCAUGGACAGUGGGCCCCUAGACCUGGUCAUCAAGAACCGCAAGAUCAAGGAGGAGGAGAAGGAGGAGCUUCCGCCACCUCCACCGCCGCCCUUCCCCAGCGACUUCUUCAAGGACAUGUUCCCGGACCUUCCCGGGGGGCCGCUGGGCCCCAUCAAGGCAGAGAAUGACUACGGUGCCUAUCUCAACUUCCUGAGCGCCACCCACCUAGGGGGCCUCUUCCCGCCCUGGCCGCUGGUGGAGGAGCGCAAGCUGAAGCCCAAGGCCUCUCAGCAGUGCCCCAUCUGCCACAAAGUCAUCAUGGGGGCCGGGAAGCUGCCACGGCACAUGAGGACCCACACCGGGGAGAAGCCAUACAUGUGCAACAUCUGCGAGGUCCGCUUCACCAGGCAGGACAAGCUGAAGAUCCACAUGAGGAAGCACACGGGGGAGCGGCCCUACCUGUGCAUCCACUGCAACGCCAAGUUCGUGCACAACUACGACCUCAAGAACCACAUGCGCAUCCACACGGGCGUGCGGCCCUACCAGUGCGAGUUCUGCUACAAGAGUUUCACGCGCUCCGACCACCUGCACCGCCACAUCAAGCGCCAGAGCUGCCGCAUGGCCCGGCCCCGGCGCGGCCGGAAGCCCGCCGCCUGGAGGGCCGCCAGCCUGCUCUUUGGGCCCGGCGGCCCGGCCCCGGAGAAGGCGGCCUUCGUGAUGCCCCCCGCGCUGGGUGACGUGGGCGGCCACCUGGGCGGGGCCGCCGUGUGCCUCCCGGGCCCCAGCCCCGCCAAGCACUUCCUGGCGGCGCCCAAGGGCGCGCUGAGCCUGCAGGAGCUGGAGCGGCAGUUCGAGGAGACGCAGAUGAAGCUGUUCGGGCGCGCGCAGCUCGAGGCCGAGCGGAAUGCGGGGGGCCUCUUGGCCUUCGCGCUGGCCGAGAACGUGGCCGCCGCGCGUCCCUACUUCCCGCUGCCCGACCCGUGGGCCGCGGGCCUGGCCGGCCUCCCCGGGCUCGCCGGCCUCAACCACGUGGCCUCCAUGUCUGAAGCCAACAACUAGGCUGGUCCUCAUCAACCCCAGUCCUGCUUCCCUGUCCCCUCCCAGGCCCACCUGCCCCAUCCAAUGGGUUUGAACUUUUUAUUUCAAAAGGAAAAAGGAAAAAAAUAGCAGCCGCAGUGGUAUUUUCUGGGCCUCCUGAGGCAGCUGCCUCCCCUUUGCUAGUGUCUGAGUUGGGCAUCUCCUCCCAAAAGGCUUGGCCUCUCUCUGGCUGUCUCUCUGCUCUCACACAGAAACUCACAGGGGCCCAUGCCAAAGAGGAGGCCCCAGGCCAGGUGUCCGGGAGCACUUUGGAGCUGUGUGGGGCUAGACGGAGGGAGGUGGCUUGGCCAGAGGCAGACCGGAUGGAGCAGGGAUGAAGGUAGGGCCCUGAGAUACACAUCCUGAGCCCCACCACUCUAAGGCAGAGUCCCUGCUGACACUGUUCCGAUGGGUCAUUUUUCCCAUCUCCAGUGGUUUUGGGAUCCUUAGGGGAAGUGCCCUAUUGGCAGGGAGGCCUCCCGGCGUCAGGAGGGGGGGCUCCUGGAGUCCGGGCCCAUUUUUCCCUCCCUGUCCUGUGACCGCAGACAGGUCAGCCCUCUGUACCCCAGUUUCACCCUGCUGUGAAAGGGGGCUGGUAAUUUUGUUUCCCCCUCCCAUCCACCCACCGACACACUCACACAUGCCCAUCCCUCCAGAGAGAAGCCUUGAGAGAGCAGGAGCUUUGCAGUCUUAAUGUCCCUGGUGACACUGUUUUACUGGACUUAGUUUUAUCACGUCCACCUCUACGUUGGCACAGGUGAGAAAUGUGGCCAAACUAGACAGGGUAACAGAGGAAGAGGGCUGGGGUGGGCUUGUCCACAGCCCCCAGGCAGCUUUGGGGAACUCUAAAUCCUAUCCUCCCCUCUGGGCAGGCCACUGUGCGCAUCCGGGGGCUACCAUCUCGCAUUGUCCCCACCUCUGCGUGGUCCCUCCAAUGCCAUUAGGAGUCUUUCAGGACUCCGAGGGCCAACACAGAAGGAAUGGGGGCCUCCUCUUAACACGUGGCAGCUGCCCCUCUCCACCUGAUUCUCGGAAACAGACAAAAUGCCCAGUUACCCAGGUGUAUGUUUGCUUUUCAGCUGUGGGCUUCUCAGGACUUUGGCAUUGUUGUGUUUGAACACCCUCAACCCCUCCGUGGUCCCCCAGGGAGGAAGCCAGCUGUCCGGUGUGGGAAGUCAGAGGCUUGGCUCCAAUAUGGGCUUGGAGGGCUCUGUGAGUGAGGGCUGUCCACGCAUUCUCCCUGGCUCUCUGGUAUGUAGCCGGUCCUGAGAAGGAAGACAGCUCUGCUGGCCCAGUGCCUUCCUGAUCUUCUCUCCCAUCUCCUGCCCUUCCCUCCCUUUUCUUGCUGAGUUUGCUUUUGUUUCUCAGUAGCCCAGAGAAGGGAGGAGAGUUCUUCUGUGCAGAUGGCCCAGGGCUGGUGUCCCCAAUCCAGGAGCUGUGGACACAGAGACUUCAGCUCUUCCUAUUGCCUUGGCUUCUUCCUGAGCAAACACAAACAAAAAGGCCAGAGAAGACCACAGACUCUGUCACUCUCCCAGCUCCCCCGCGAAGAGACCCGUGACUCCACACACCACCAGCUGCCCUUUCAGCCAGAGGGAACUGUUGCUGACACCCUCUUGUCCUCAGAUGUCAUCUGCUGGGCAGCUGCCUCUCACACUCCUGCCUCCAUUUCUGACCCUCGCUUCUGGGACCCACCAGCCAACAUGCCUGUGUCCCCGCCUCAGCCAAGGGAGUGGGGCUGACCCAAACUUUAAGGGAAAACGAGGAAAAACGAACAAAUUAGAAACCAGUGGUGUUGGGGCUUUUGUUUUUAUUUUGUAAAAGUAAUGACUUCUCAUAAACUCAAUUUUUCAGACGA